GCGAGCAGCUCGGCCUCCAGCGCCGUCGAGGCCCCCCGCCGCCGCCGCCGCCGCGGGCCAUGUGCCCCCCGGAGCUCCUCCGCGCCCUGCUGCAGAGGCGCCCGAAGGUUCUGCCGCCGGCGAAGGAGGCGAAGGGCAGGCGUCGGAGGUGGAGGUGGUGGCCGGCCCGCUGCUUGCCCGUCUGGUCGGGGAUGUCCCGCGGCGCCAGCGCCGGCCCCUCGUCGUCGUCGUCCUCGGCUUCGUCCUCGUCCUCCACGUGCUGCUCCUCGCGCAAGGCGGAGCAAGCCCGCGGCCCCUUCGGCGAAGAGCAGUUCCUGGCCGUUUGCCGGGAGUCGACCAAGCCCCGGGAAGCGGCCAGGGCCGCCUGGGAGCUCAUGGCCGAGACCGCCAGCUUCUGCAUCUUCCGGCUCUUCGACGAGAAAUCUGGACUGUACGAGUAUAAAGUCUAUGCCACUCUUGGUGAUUGUUCCCCAGAUGUAUGUGCAGAAGUGUACAUGGAUUUAACCUACAGAUCACAAUGGGACCGGUAUCUUAGAGAUAUAAGUGAGAAACCUUUUGAGGGCAGAACAGUAAUCCGCUGGGAAGUGAAGUUCCCUUUCCCCAUGGCAAAUAGAGAUUAUGUUUUCGUUCGUGAGCGUAAAGAUAUGGAACUUGAAGGGAAGAAGAUAUAUGUUAUAUUGGCUAAAAGCGUGAAUACCACUAAAUUCCCAGAGAAGACUGGGAUUGUUAGAGUAAAGAAUUAUAAACAAUGUGUGGCCUUUGAAAGCGAUGGCAAGAAAGGCUCCAAAGUUUUCAUGUCAUACUUUGAUGACCCUGGUGGCAAGGUUCCUUCGUGGCUUGUCAACUGGGGAACUAAGACUGGAGUGCCUAACUUCUUGAUUGAUAUGGAGAAAGCUUGCCACAGUUACCGCAAAAGAUAAAACUGCUCCAUGAAUGUGAUCCAGAUUGAUAGCUGAAAGGUAUAUUUUGCAUGGAUAAUGAGCCAUGGACACAUCACUGAAUAACAUCUGCCUUUUGGGAUAGUAAUCAUGAGCCAUGUAAGUUCCCAGGCAUGUGACAAUGAAACAUAUUAAAACUUUUCGUUUUUCAUUUUCCA